GUCGCGGGUUUGACGUGAUCGUUUUCAAAUUUUACAGCUACAUACGACCGAAGUCCCUACAUCUCUACGCCAUGAAGAUCGCAGAUCGCACCUUCAUCAUCAGCGGCGGCGUGUCUGGCCUUGGUCUCGCAACCGCUCAAGCCCUCCACGCACAAGGCGCCUACGUCUCCCUCCUCGACCUGAAUGCCGAUAAUGGCGCGAAAACCGUUUCCUCUCUCGGCUCGCGAGCAAAAUUCUUCGAAACAGACGUCACCUCCACCGAAGCCAUAGCCGCAGCAAUCGAAGGCACAGUCGCAUGGGUCAAGGAGACAGGCAAGGAAAUUGGAGGCGUCAUCGCCGGCGCUGGAGUUGGGAUGCCAGGCUUGAUCGUCGACAAGAAGAACGAGCCGCUCAGCAUCGAGAGCAUCGAUUUCGUUCUAAACAUCAACCUGAGGGGCACGUUGGAUCUGAUCAGACAAGCUGUGCCGCACAUGACGAAAGUGACACCGCAGGGACCAGAUGGUGAGAGGGGCGUGAUUAUAAUGAUUGCGUCGUCGGCCGCGUUUGAUGGGCAGAUGGGGCAGGUCUCAUAUGCCGCGAGUAAGGGAGCAGUGGCUAGCUUGACCCUGCCACUUGCGAGAGAUUUGUCCAAACAUGGCAUUCGCGCGGUGACAAUUGCGCCGAGUAUGUUCGAUAGCGCAAUGACGCGCAUGAUGAGCAACAAGGUCAAGCAGAGCUUGGAGAACAGCAUGGAGUUCCCAAAACGUGCGGGUGUGCCCGAGGAAUUCGCUAGAUUGGUGCUUGAAUGUGUCGGGAAUCAGAUGCUCAACGGAACGGUCCUGCGACUCGACGGGGCGAUGAGAAUGCCGGCUAGAUUGUAGUUGAAAUUGUAGGUUGAUGAUUUUGACUCUUCAACGCUUCC